CGGGGCCUUUCUGCAGGGUCUUGUGACAGGCACGGGCGCAGCGCUGCGGGCAGAAGCAGCUUGCAAAACCUCGUUGCCUCCACCUUGGGCAGGCACCGGUUAACUAGUCAGAUGCUCUGCUUUGGAGCGGUAGCUGCAGCAUCCGCCCGGGCUCCGCUAAGAUCCCAUUUCUUUUUUCCCUGGGAGCCGCUGCUUGUGGCUUUGCUCCAGAGCUGCAAUGUUUAUGCUGCUUGUGUGAUGCAUCCGCUUUGGAAUCUAUAAAUCAUUCGUUGCAGCUCAGCCUGAGCAAUGAGCAGCCCGCUCUCUGGUUUGGGUGGAUUCGCUGAAGGUUGAGUUCGGGCUUCUCCACCCUUUUUCUUCCUUAUUGCUUUGACAGAUCUAGCAGCGUCAGAAGGCCUGUAAAAGCAGACGUGCUCCUGCCUGCUGUCAAAACCCUGAUUUUUAUUUGGAUCAACAGGAUAUUGGGAGGCCUUGGCAUUAAGAGAGAAUCCCGACUGUGUAGUAGAAGCAUUUUGCGAAUGUAAGGCGAAGCCCCACUGCACCCUCCCCGCAGAAAGCCCCAGACAAUCCAAUUUGGAUUGAAGCUGCUUGGAGGCAAUGGUAUUUGUUGUAUUGUCUGGAAAAAAAGAAGAAAACUGGAGGAAGAGGAGGAGGAGUUCUGCUUAGGUAAAACGGUUGAGAACCUCCAGCUAGAAACACGCCUCUCCAGAAGUGAGAAUAUGUGGCAACAGUUUGCAGCAUAUCUCAGAAGGCCAGAGACCCUCUUGAGGCUGCUGACAAGUUAAUGACAGAACAUCUUUGAGUGAAAGAUGAAGAGGAGGAUUUUAGAGACGUAUGAUGGCACCACCGAUGACACACAGGCCGCUGGAGAUGAUGGAGAGAAACAGCCCCUGGAGACCCACUUCCAGGAGGAGAGGCGCCCUUCCCCAACCAUUAAGCUUGACCUUGUCGCUCUAGGACUGGCGGAUCCAAAUGACCCAAACCGUUUCAACAGGAACCGCCUAUUUGGGGCCAUCAUGAAGGGGAAUCCAGAAGAACUGGAAGGUCUGGAAGACUAUUUGAGAAGAACCCACAAAUUUCUCACCGACACUGAAUAUACAGAUGGCAUAACAGGCAAAACUUGUUUAAUGAAGGCUGUUCUGAAUCCAAAAGAUGGGCUGAACCCCACCAUUCCCCUGCUGCUGGAGAUAGACAAGCGAACUGGGAAUUCACCGGCACUGAUCAGAGCUGAAUGCAAAGGAUACUAUAAAGGGCACACGGCACUCCACAUUGCCAUCGAGAAGAGGGAUUGCAAUUUAGUUAAGCUUCUGGUGGAGAAUGAUGCAGAUGUCCAUGCCAAGGCAUGCGGUCUCUUCUUUCAGCAGCAAAACAAGGGGGCGUGCUUCUACUUCGGCGAGCUUCCUCUCUCCUUAGCUGCAUGCACCAACCAGCCAGAUAUACUCCGUUAUCUCCUGGAUAACCCUCACCAGAAGGCCAGGCUGGAUGAGCGGGAUUCCCUGGGGAACACAGUCUUCCAUGCUUUGGUGAUGGUGGCUAAUGACACAGAGAAGAACACGGAGCUCGUGAUCAGGAUGUAUGAUGAGCUCUUGAGGGAAGGUGCCAGGAUCAACCCAACAUUGAAGAUGGAGGAGAUCACCAACAAGGAAGGGUUAACCCCCAUCAAAUUGGCCGCCAAGAUUGGCAAAGUGGAGAUCUUACAGCACAUUCUUCGCCGGGAGAUCAAAGAUCCUAGCUUGCGUCAUUUGUCACGCAAGUUCACUGAAUGGACGUAUGGGCCAGUCCAUGUUUCCCUCUAUGAUCUGUCUGCCAUCGAUAGCUACGAGGAAAACUCUGUGCUGGAAAUCCUUGCCUACAGCAGUGACACCCCAAAUCGGUACAAUAUGGUGGUUUUGGAGCCCAUGAACAAACUGCUGGAACAAAAAUGGAAUGGCUUUGCCGCCAAGCGAUUUUGUGCUAGUUUUUUUUGCUACCUCGCAUUCAUGGCCAUCUUCACCAUCGUUGCUUACUAUCGACCUCUGGAUGGAAAGCCUCCUUUUCCCAUUUCAUUUACUGCUGGGGACAUACUGAUACUUAUUGGCCAGAUCGUUGUCUUAACUGGAGGUGUUUAUCUCAUGAUUGCUCAGAGCUUUUACCUUUGGAGGAGACGUCAUUCCUGGAAGAGUCUGCUCAGAGAUGAUAUCAUCCAGAUAUUUCUGUUGGUGCAGUCGCUUGUCCUGCCUCUUUCGGCAAUAAUGUACCUAGCAGGGUCGGAAGAAUACGUGUCUUUGAUGGUUCUCUCACUGUUGCUGGGCUGGGUGGACUUGUUGUAUUACACCCGCGGUUUCCGGCAGACAGGAAUCUAUAUCGUCAUGAUACAAAAGGCGAUCCUGAGGAACCUUUUGUGUUUCCUCAUUGUCUAUGCGAUCUUCCUCUUCGGCUUUACAAUAGCCCUCAUCAUCCUCACGGGCGAGGCCUCCCUGCCAGCCCAGAAUGAGUCGCUCCAGCUCAACAGCAGCAGCAGCGGCAGCGGCGGCAGCAACAGCAAAGACCAACCCAUCUACUCUGGACUGUUCAGAACGUCCCUGGCAUUGUUUAGGUUCACCAUCGGGAUGGGUGACCUGGAGUUCCACGAGAACAUGCAGCGCAAGUACUUUGUGAUGGUUCUGCUCCUCCUCUUUGUGAUCCUCACUUACAUCCUUCUCUUGAACAUGCUGAUCGCUCUCAUGACCGAGACAGUCAACAACGUCUCUGGAUCCAGCCAGAGGAUAUGGAAGCUCCAGAGAGCUAUUGCUAUUCUGGAGAUAGAGAAGAACUGGUUUCGGUGCUGGAAGCAUUCACCAAGGUCUGGCUGCUUGCUCUCUGUUGGCUCAGAAGGAAAGAAAGAUGAGAGGUGGUUUCUUCGAGUCGAAGAGGUAGAUUGGGGAAAUUGGAAGAAAGAGCUGGGAGUCCUCAAGGAAGAGCCUGUAUCCAAUAAUCCUGAAAUGGGGACACCAGUGGAGAUGCUACUGAGCAGGCUGGUACGGCGGAGAAGCAAACGGCCUUCAGUGGUAGAAGAGGAAAAUAGUUGCAUGCCUUCAGCUGCUGCACGAAAUGAAACCACACAGAGGAUGUGAGGAAUUGCCUAGGUCAUUCGACCACAGUCUAGGCUGAGUGUCCUUAAAUGGCAUGUUGAUCUUCUUUGUAACAUCACCCGACCACAACAGGAGCAAGAAAAGGCACUGCCAAAUCAGCUACGGAGACAGUAACUCAGGAAAAGUUUGCAGGACAGACGCAUUUGGAGGAAUGUGUUUUAGGAUAUCCCAUCCAACAAAGGUUUUGGCCCUUUAGAUGAUCCCUCUGAAAGAAAUUCAGCACCUCUCAUCAACCCCUCUCCACAGGCCUCCAAAGAUCUUGAUGCUCCCUCUUUGCUUCCAUUUAGCAAGCACUGAAUGGCUUUACCGCUGCCACUUUGCUUCUUCCCACACAUGAAUGUAACCCUCCAGAUGUUCGGGGCUACAACUGCCAGCAGCCCCAGUCAGCCCAACCAGUGGAUGAUGGUUGCAGCUGGCCCAAACUUCUGGAGGGCAUGAGGUGCUACCCUGUCUCUGUGAACUCCCUGAAUUUGGCUACUCUCCUUUUGAAACCGUCCAGAUGAAUUGCCAGCUCAUCACCACCAUUCACGGUGGUGAGUUUCAUAGUUUAAAUUUGUGCUGGGUGAGGAAGGUCUUGCUCUUGCCUGUCCUGCAUCUCCCACCCUUUCGUUUCAUGGGAUGAUCCUGCUGGGUUUUGGUGUUAUGACAGGAAGUCAGAAUCCUCUUCCUUGCCCUUCUGCCCGAUGCGUAAUUUUAUUAAGUCCUGCGAUUUCCACAUGCCAACUCCUAUUUAAUAGAGGGAAUUGGCUCGCCUUUAAGGGCACAGCCUAAUGAAUUCAGGACAGAACUGAGUGAGGAUAUCCAGCUUAUGUCAAGCAGUCAAGGCAAAGGUGAGGCAGGCAAACCUGAAUCAUCUUGGCAGAACAUUUGUUGUUUUUUUAUUGUUUUGUGCUGACAAGUCAUCCCUAACUUUCGGUGAGCCUAUCAGUGAAUGCCCGGCUCAGCUCUUGCAAGAAUUAGUAAAACAUGGUGAAGGUAAAUGCAGGAAGAAGUGCUCCUGCACAAGGGUAGCUGAAACAGGACCAUGGAUAGCUCAGUGCCUUUUACUGCUGGGAAUUCUUUCCUUGUUUGGUUGCAAAGUCACGCCCGACUCUUUGCGACCCCACGGACAACAUUCCUCCAGGCCCUCCUGUCCUCC